AUGCAUCCAUCUUCUCAAAGAAGGAGCUGGUUUUCUUCCACCUUUGUUCGGGCUUGCGGGUGCUUCAGAGCCAGGAAGGACUCCGCCUACACUUCUUCUGAAAAACCUUUGUCUUUGCCAUUAACGAAAUCAGCGUUCCUACAUCUUGAUGGUGCUAGGGUUGUGGAAAGAGUAAUCGGCAUAGGCGGUACAGGUAUCGUCAUUGAGCGAAGACAGUAUGCGCUCAAAAUACCUCGAAUUUCAAGGCCUAUAGAGAUUGAUGGGGUGCCUGUGGCUACUGGAAGAUUGACUCCUGAAGAAGGGGACUACGAUGAGCGCCCCGAUCUUAUCCGUUCAAUCCAAGAAGAGAAGGCUAUUUAUCGAAGACUGGGCCACCAUCCUGGGAUUGUACGCUGUUUCAAUCUUUCAUCAGAGCACCCUUCAAUCCAGAUGGAUCUUAUGAAGAAUGGCGAUCUUCGGCGUUAUCUGGCUGAAAAGCGGCCGGGGAAAUCGACGCAACUAUCUUGGUUGGCAUCCAUGGCGCACACCAUGUCGUACAUCCAUGAAUGUCGCAUCAUCAUCGCUGAUAUCCGUUUGGAUAACUUACUACUGACUGAUGAUCUAUGCAUUAAAUUCAGCGAUUUUGGAGAAUCAAAGAUGAUGCCUCUCGAUUGGGACCUGAACGGCUCUGAUGACCUUGGGUUUUCAAUUAUGACUGACAUCGGGCAAUUCGGUGCUGUCAUGUUUGAGAUUGUGACUGGUCAAAGAUGCAGGUUUGAUCUUGUCCAGGGACAGAGGGAACAAGGGGACCUGUAUACUUGGCCACAGCGAGACAGUCUUCCCUCAACAGCCAACACAUGGCUAGGUCAUAUCAUCGAGAAGUGUUGGACUCAAGGAAUUACAUCUGCUAAAGACCUCGCUGCAGAGUUGGACCAGGAGAAGGUUGGUUGGUGA